GUUCUUUUCGCUCAAGACUCGGUCGAGGUAAGUAUCUAAGCUAUAAUGUAUGACAUCUGGCCAUAGUCGGAAGAGAGGAUGUGAAAAUACGGAUCCGUAUGCAUGGGCGUAAUAAGAGAGUCGGUUUGCAUUUGGCGGUUGCUAAAGCGCAGCGCAGCGCUUGGCCCGUGCCCAGUAUCCAUCCAUACAAAUCUUGCAAACACCCAACUCCUUUUCUUUGACCUCUAUCGCCCAUUCCUUUUCUUUUCUUUCUAUUUUCUCCCUCCCGUCCCUCCGGCCCCCCCGAAGAGUGCCCCAAAGCCAGCGGCGACCCGAUGCCGAACAACCUCGAAGUAGUCCACGCCUACAGGCACCUCCUGCGGGCGGGGCUGCGGGCGGUGCAGUUCUCCAAGCCGGCGCGGUUCGUCGUCCGGGACCAGCUGAGGGAGGGCUUCCGGGAGAAGAAGACACCCGCCGGCGGCGCCGGCGGGUUUGAUGCCGGGCGGGUCGGGCGGACGGUGCUGUUCCUGCGGGCCGCGGCGCGCGAGACGGAGCUCGAGCACAGGAUCCUCAAGAACCUCGUCCGCGUCGCCGGGGAGCGCCGUCGCGCCCGCCUGCCGUGGCCGCUGCUGCUGACGAAGGAGGGGGCGGCGAGGUCGAAGGAGCCGGAUAGGAUCAAGCCUACUGCAUACAGGCACUACGAGAUGACCGUUGCCAUGCUGAACCACAGCAUGGGCUUGUGCCUGCGGUGAUGUCGGAAAUAUUCGAGGUUUACUACUCGUGUCUCGCUGUGCCGGUGGAACUGUUCCACAUCAUAUGUGCGGCGGCGUACGAUCGUACGACGAGUGGUUGGAGCCUAUUACUACCCGUCUUCGUC